AUGUGCACCCAGAAAGACGAUUACUCACAGCAGCUGUAUGAAAAGUAUCGCCAAGUAAUUGAAGAUUAUACUAUCCAAACUGUGUUGCCGUCUUUAAGGGAGAAGCAUGGUAAUGAUAUGUUAGAAGAGCUUAUUAAGAGGUGGAAUAACCAUAAGAUUAUGGUUAAAUGGUUAGAAAGAUUCUUCUAUUAUCUUGACCGUUACUUUGUCCCUCAGCAAGCCCUUCCAACACUGAGAGAAGUUGGUUUGACAUGCUUCCGCGACCUGGUUUAUCGUGAGAUGCACUCCACUGCCAAAGAAGCUGUAUUAGCACUUAUUCAUAAAGAACGGGAGGGCGAACAUAUUGAUAGGGAACUAGUGAAAAACGUGUUAGAUAUAUUUGUGGAGAAUGGGAUUGGAACUUUGGAAAAAUAUGAAGAGGAUUUUGAAAGCUUCUUGCUUCAAGAUACUGCAUCUUACUAUUCUUGCAAGGUGUCAAGGUGGAUCCAGGAGGAUUCUUGUCUUGAUUACAUGCUAAAGUGUGAGGAGUGUUUAGAAAAGGAGAGGGACAGAGUCACUUACUAUCUCCAUUCAAGCACUGAACCCAAAUUAGUUGAGGCUGUGAAAGAGGCAUUUGAUGAAAUCUUAAAAAAGGAUGGAGGAAGUGAGAAGCUCAAGUGAUAAAUUAUUGGAUUAAAAUCUUUUAUUGUCUCUUUUGCACUAACUCAAUUCACAAAAUUCCCUACUUAUUCUUACUACCCUGUCUUUCUAUAAUAAUAUUAAAACUCUAUUGUACCAUUUUUAUUAUAUUA